AUGGGGCAGGGAUUGCGAAGCAGCCCCCUGACGUUUGAAGCAUCCAAAGGAAAUUUGUUCAAGAAAUUCCCCUUGUCGGGACUCGACAGGACAGCUUGCCCCUCGGACGCAUUUCCCGGUUUUCGCUCUAAAUCCUUAGUGAAUCCACGGUCCCCGCUCAUCUCGACCUUGACGGUUUCGCUACAGGCAUCGUCCCUCCCGCGAAGCACAAAGUUGCGCUGA